AUACUGAUGAUGAUAUUGAAGAGCAUUGGUCAUAUGUAAUUAAGAAUUGGAUUGAUAUGUUAGAUAUUGAGAAUCAUUUAGAGAGUGGGGAAAUUGUAAAUGAGAAAGUAAUUGAAUUUGAAUUUGAAUUUG